GGCUGCUGGUCACUGUGGAAGCUCUCUGACCACUCCAAUCUCACCCUCUCAUCCACCACCACCCAACCCAUUUACUCCAAAUUCCUAUUAAAACCCAAAUAACCCAAUAAUAUUUCUUUCCCUUUCAAAUUCCAAUUCCAUUUCCAUUUCCAUUCCUUAAAACCGCCAAUCAAUCAUUCAUUGCCUGCUUUUUUCAUUACUCCCACCUCUUAAUUACUUCUUGUUGUGAAGCUCAAUAUCCCCCCCCCCCCCCACAAUAGGUUCACUUCUCAAUCCACACCCAAUAUAUGUGUCCCUUCAUGACUCUCCCACCUUUAAGAUCUGAGAUAUCUUAGAGAUCUCAAUCAGUGUGAGAAAAGAACCAAACAAACAUACAACCCCCCACCCCCAAAGCCCCAGAAGCAUGGGAAGCAAAUGGAGGAAAGCCAAGCUUGCUCUUGGCUUGAACACUUGUCUCUAUGUUCCUCAAACUUCAGAGGAACACCCAUCUUCACCUUCCCCUAACGGCGUCGUUGCGUCCAGGCAUUCCGACGCGGUUUCCUCCUCCUCACUGCUUUCUCCGACGGGUCUUGGCUCCGACCGGCAAGCCACCACGCCGACUCCGUCGUCUUCCGGGCUCCGGUUGCCCAAGAGUGGAACCAAGUCCUCAAAGAAAACUUGUGCAAUAUGCUUAACCACCAUGAAACCUGGUCAUGGGCAUGCCAUUUUCACUGCAGAGUGCUCCCACUCUUUUCACUUCCAUUGCAUUACUUCUAAUGUGAAACAUGGGAAUCAAAUUUGCCCAGUUUGCAGAGCAAAGUGGAAAGAAGUCCCCUUUCAGAACCCUGCUUCUGAUCUUUCACGGGGUCUUCCAAGAAUUAACCCAGUGAAUUGGCCCCAAGAUGAUGCCUGGAUGACUGUUUUACGCCAAAUUCCUGCACCACGCGUUGACGUGAGCAGGCCUGUUACAUCACUCUUCCACACUCCUGAGCCAGUUUUGUUUGACGAUGAUGAAAGUUUAGAUAACCAACCUGACAGUAUCAAGAAUAAGGCUUCUGUUGAAGAUCCAAUUUCUAGCAACAAUUGUAUCAGAAUCAUAGAGGUCAAAACAUAUCCUGAAGUUCCUGCUGUGGAAAGAUCAAGCCCUCAUGAUAACUUCAGUGUUCUAAUUCAUCUCAAGGCUCCUCAUACAAAUGCUGGAAAUCCAGUAUCUCAAAAUUCUCGUGCUCCGGUAGAUCUUGUUACAGUGCUUGAUGUUAGUGGCAGCAUGGCAGGUACAAAGCUGGCUUUGCUAAAACGCGCCAUGGGGUUUGUGGUACAGAACCUUGGUCCGUCUGAUCGGCUCUGUGUGAUUGCCUUCUCCUCUACAGCACGCCGGCUCUUUCCCCUUCGUCGUAUGACUGAUACUGGACGUCAGCAAGCAUUGCAGGCUGUAAACUGUCUUGUUUCAAAUGGUGGAACAAACAUUGCUGAGGCUCUUAAAAAAGGCACCAAGGUUUUAGUAGAUCGCAAUUCAAAAAAUCCUGUUUGCAGUAUUAUUCUACUAUCUGAUGGUCAGGAUACAUAUACUGCCAGUAGUCCUCGUGGAACUCAUCCCCGUACAGAUUACCAAUCACUUCUCCCAAUCUCUAUCCGUCGAAAUAAUGCAGCAGGGUUGCAUAUUCCAGUUCACACAUUUGGAUUUGGAGCAGACCAUGAUGCUGCCUCAAUGCAUUCAAUCUCGGAGAUUUCUGGGGGUACAUUUUCUUUUAUAGAAGCUGAAAGUGUGAUUCAGGAUGCAUUUGCACAGUGCAUUGGGGGCCUUCUGAGUGUGGUGGUGCAAGAGCUGAAUGUCAGAAUUGAGUGUGUUCACCCGAAUUUGCAAUUGGAUUCAAUAAAAGCUGGGAGUUAUAGAACCAGCAUGAUGCCUGAUGCAAGAAUGGGAUCUAUUGAUGUUGGAGACCUGUAUGCUGAAGAAGAAAGGGAUUUUUUGGUGACAAUGAAUAUUCCAGUUGGAUGUCUUUACAAAGAUGAGAUGUCACUGGUACAGGUUAGAUGUCUUUACAAAGAUCCCAUUACAAAAGACAUGAUCAAUUUGGAUGAAGCUGGUGAAGUCACUAUCAGAAGGCCCGUAGUAGCUGGGAAACUAGUAGUUUCAAUGGAAGUAGACAGGCAACGCAACAGGCUUCGUGCAGCCGAAGCAAUGGCUGAGGCCAGAAUAGCUGCUGAGAAUGGUGACUUGGCUGGUGCAGUUUCCCUCCUGGAGAGCUGUCGCCGGGAAUUAUCUGAAACUUCUUCUGCACAAGCAGGUGACCGGUUGUGUGUUGCACUAUCAGCCGAGUUAAAGGAGAUGGAAGAAAGAAUGGGGAACCGUCGUGCAUACGAAGAAACCGGAAGGGCUUAUGUUUUAUCAGGAUUGAGUUCACACUCAUGGCAGAGGGCCACUGCUCGAGGUGAUUCCACAGAUAGCACAAGCCUUUUGCAAUCUUACCAAACUCCAUCAAUGGUAGACAUGGUGACACGGUCUCAGACUAUGGUACUAGGGAAUCCAUCACCUCGACGAACCCUCAGCAGUGCUAAGUCAUUUCCAGUCAAAUCACGGCCACGUUAACCAACGGUGGUGGAACUACCACACACUACAUAUAUCCUUCAUUACUAGACCUUCUCUAUUCCCUAAUUUUUUCUUCCUGUGAUUUGGGAUAACUGGGAAACAAAGGAGUUUGGAGUGUUUUAACUGUAUAUGAAAUAUGAACAAGAAUUGGUGAAAGCUGAGUAAAUGGGAAUCUUCAGAACUGUGAAAAGGAAAUGGUGUGGGGGUGGGGGGUUAGGAAUAUCCGAGUGUGAUUUUGGGUGAUGUACAUUUAGAGGGUUUUCUUUUUCUUUCUAGUUUAUUUUGCAAUUGUAUUGGAGAAUGAGAUUGGGGUAUAGCCUUGUAAUUGUGGGGAUACUUGGAGUGAAUUCUUCACUCGAAUAUAUGAAAUGGUAUCAUUAC